GUGCGUGUGUGCGUGUGUGCGUGCGUCCUCGCCCCCCGCACCCAAGACUAGCUCUCUUGAAAUGCCCGACGACAGGUGACUCGGGCCCAUUCUCCACAUCCCUCACCCCCCUGCCUUCGGAAAGGCAUCCACUCGUAGAUCGUCGCUCGCGCGCACGUGCGCGCUGGAAUCGACUACUCCUGCCCCAUGGGCUUCUUCAACGUCUCAUGGAGGAGCGCGCUCCUCACCUCGCUGGCCAUCGGAAUUAACAUUGCCCUCUCAGUGGGCUUGAUCAUGCUCAACAAAUGGAUUUUCGUCCAUGGGCGUUUUGGUCGAAGCUCCCUUUUGACUGGUCUCCACGUUCUGGGCACAGCUCUGGUAUCCAAGGGCGUUGUCCUGCUGGUCCUGCUUGGGCUGUACCCGGUCCGUGGGUCGAAGCCCAGCCCCCGGCUGACGCCACCCCUGUCGCCGCUGAGGCCGGCCCCGGAGGUCACAUCGUCCUGGAGCACUCGCAUGGCCACUCGUCGGCGGAUUGUCACAUUGGCCGCGGUCCUGAGCACGGCCGGGGCGCUGGGUCUGCAAAAUCUCUCCCUCCAGCUGAAUCCGGUGACCCGGUACCAGAUUGUCAAGCUGGCUGUCGCUCCGACGGCUCUGGUGCUGUCGAUGCUGGUCAAGGGGCCACGCGCUGCAUGGCCCGGCCUGCCGCGGGCCCUGGCGUUGGCCGUGGUCCUGGGCGGUGUGGCGCACUAUCACCUGGCUGCGGACCUGCCCGCGGGUCCAGCUGCUGCCGCGGCCGCGGCCCAGUCUGUCCGUGCCCCGGCCGGCGUGGGUAUCCUUGUGGCCUUGUUGGCGGUCUUUGCGACGGCGGUCCAGCAAAUUGCCUACGAUGCCUUCCUGUCCAUGAUCAAUGAGCCGAGGGCCGAACCCAUGACCCCGACCAUGGCUCUGUCGACUCCCAAAGUGUCUGGCGUUGACACUACCACCCGGUUGACCGCCGCGCCAGCGGCCCCGAUCCCCGGGCCCGUGCGCCUGUACCAUGCCAUCGGCAUCCCGGCGGCCCUUUCGCUAUUCCUGAUUGGCCCGGUGGUGGAGGCACUCACCUCCGGGGCCGGGUCAGUCGGCUUUUCCUCCGCCUUCCACGGCGCGGUCAGCCUCUUCAUGACCGGCUCCAUCUCGGGCGGGACGCCGACCAGCGUUCUGCCCCUCUCCUCGGUGUCCCUGUCCACCUGGAUGGGUGUUUUGCUGAGUUGUGCGAUUGCCUGCCCGAUGAACCUCUCGGCGGCCUGGGUGCUCACGCGCACAAGUGUCCUCUCCUUCCAAGUGAUCGGGCACUUCAAGACGGCCCUCAUCUUCGUGCUCGGGGUGCUCUUCUUCCCAGCACGUCCGGACCAACCGAACCCGACCUCCGGCGAGGUGGUCGGCAUUUGCAUCGCCCUCUUUGGCAUGGCCAUUUACACGUGGUUCGGGGCCGUGCCACCGAGUCGGCGCAGCAUCCAAAAGCUUUGGCUGUGGCUCCCACGGCGGACGGCCUCCGCGAUGGCCGCCAUGUCGGCGACGUCGAGCGCCUCCCGAGGCGGGGGGCUGGCACCGGCGCCGAAGGGCGGCUUCGGUGUCCCCGGGCAGGACGACGACUUUCCCACGGAUGUGGGCAUUCGGUCGGCGGUGCCCUCGCCGUCCAUGCUGCCCCCGUCGCGCCCUGCCGUGGCUGCUGCCGGCGGCCCCUCCCCGAAGGUGACUCUUGCCCGCGGCAACAAGGGUACCGCGGCCCCGGGCGCCGAGCGGCACUCUCUGCUGUUGGAGUUGGCCGCCGAGAAGAGGCUGCGACUUGGGGAGUCCCCGUCGGCAUCCUCCCUGGCACCCGAUGGCCUUGAGGAGGGCGGUAAUGUCGAUGACAAUCUGGCCACGAGUGGCAGCGGCAACACCGUGGCCCUUGACGGCCCUCUGUCAGUCACAGUCGAUAACACACCUUUGAGCAGCUCCAGUGGCCUUCUGCUGUCCGGGGAUUCCACCGCGCCGGCCCUCUCCCUUCCGGCUCGGUAAGCCUCGGUCCUGUCUCAGAUCCCUCUUCUCCCCCAUAGAAGCGGCCGCGGGGGGAGGGACUCUCUCUCUCUCUCCCUCUCACGCGCGCGCGCGCACCCAUUAUUGUACACUAUAUGAAAAUACACAUGCCCCUGCUCAC